AUGGGCAGUGGCCCGGCGAGUGGGGACAGGCUGGGCAGUGCUUGUGAAGCCCCCUGGCUGCUCAGGGACUCCCGAGAUGAAAAGCUGCUGGAGGCGUUCGGCUCUGUUGGUGUCCUCUGGGAAGGAGGAGGCAAACACAUCACCAUGCCUUAUCAGCGUGCUCUUCCUGGCCAGCCCGGAUGUGCCCAGUGUGGGGGCUACAGCAGCGAGCACUGGUAUCGCCUGGACCUUUCAGGCCAGUUGAAAGGAAUGGAGGAAGAGCUGCUGUCCUCUUCUCAACAAGAGGGACAGAGGCCUCAUUCUACCCCUCUCCCACAACUACCCAGCCUGGAGAAGCAGACCUCGGGUCUGAAGUGCAGAGUUUGUCCCAUUGACCUGAGGAGCCCAGAGGAUACUCUGCAGCUGAGAUUAGUUGUUGGGAGACAGCUGGAGCCUGGAGGGCAGCCCUGGCAGGGGAUGAGGUUAAGGGAUGAAGACUCCUGUGCUGGGACACUGCAUGUGGCUAGUGGCUGGGGCAAGGUGUCUGAGGGAGACCAUCCUUACAAGGUGGGGUCACUGGCUCCUGUCCUGCAGGAGGUGGAGCUGCCCCUCAUCGACAGCCAGACCCGCAGUGUGAUGCCGAGGGCAGGGUGCGGGGCUCCGUGCUGGGCGCUGGCUUUGCUGACGGUGUGCAAGUUUGGAGAGGGUGACUCUGGAGGCCCCUUUGUGUGUCUGAGGACUGGUGCCACUUGAACUCUGACUGGUGUGGUGUCCUGGGUGGUCAGUUCUGCCACAGGAUGGGAUACCCUCGUGAGAAGCACCAUGGCCCAGAGCUCACCAGGCAUCUUCUCACAGGUGGCUGUUUGUGACUUCAUUGCCCAGCACAUGACACAGGCUGCUGUGCCAAGCCCUUUCCCUGCACCAGUGGAGUGCAGUUCCCAAGGCAUCCUGCUCUUUGGAGAAAGUUGCCUCAUUCUGUACCCUCAGGCUUUGGAGGAUAAUGUCCCUCACAACAGCCUGUGCACCUGGAAUAUAAUAGUACUAUAGCACAAAAUUAUCUUGAUGUGCUUCACUAAAUUAGAUGGAUACCAACUUGGAUGUGACCCUGACUAUGUGUCUCUCUAUUUGAAUGAAAGAGAGCUGAUCCCAGUCUGGGAGCCUUGGAGGUGUAAAUCCUGCAGGGAUGUCUUCCCAGCCCCUCUGCUGGCAGAGUCAGACCAGACCACAGUUAUAUUUUUUCCUGGUGGGAGUAAUGUUGGCUGUGGCUGUGGGCUCACCUUCAUGGCCAUCCAUAAGGACUCUGAAGCAAGCUCUGGCUGUGGCAGUGUCGCAGUGUUAGUGGAAGAGGGGAAGAUUGAUACUGCUAAUUAGCCUGGCUUGUAUCCCAGGGACAUGAAGUGCCACUGGCUCAUUGAAGGUCCAGCAGAGUAUGUCGUAAAGCUGGAGUUUGAAGACUUUGCCAUGGGACUUAGCUCAGGCUGCAUUUAUGAUGCAGUUACUAUUUAUGGUGAUGAAGAAAACCAGCUGUCUAAUCUCUGUGGAUUCUCAGGGUUGAGUUCAGGUAAUACCAUGCUGGUACAUUUUGGAAGUGAUGAGGAGAACAGCUUCAGAGGGUUUAGAGCCCAGCUCACUUUUGUUCAUUCAGAGAAGGCAGGAAGAACAGAUUUGGGAUUAACUACACCAAUGUUGCCUCUGAAGGAUGUCCCCUUAGACACUUGUGGGUUUUUCCCAGUUACUCCCCAGUGGCUGUUCAAGCAUGUUAAUGGGGCUGAGGAGGCCUGUCCUCGCUGUUGGCCAUGGCACACCUCCCUGAAGCUCCUUGGAGGCUCCCAGUGCGAUGGGGCUGUCAUCAACCCUACAUGGCUGCUGACAGCCGCCCACUGUGCGUAGCUAUCCAAUAAACCCUUGCACUGGACUGUGACAGCAAGAGCCCUAAGAAGGUCAAUACCACAGAUGAGACAGGUGAAGCCCAUCGUGGUGUAUCCCCACUUUGGCACGGUGAGCUAUGACUCCAACACUGCCCUGAUGCAGCUCAUCAUCUCUCUGGAGUACAGUGCUGCUGUGAGGCCAGUGUGCCUGCCCAAUAGCACAGAGACAUUAUCCUUUUCUUCCCUCUAUCCUGUGUCUGGAUGGGGAUCAUCAAAGAAGGUGGGUCUUCUGAUUUUGCAUCUGCAGCAGACACGAAUACAUGCACUUCAGAAUGAAAUCUGUGAGAUAAAUUACUAUUAUCCUGGAGGGAUCACCACAAGGAUGCUUUGUGCAGGCUUUGUUUCCGUGGGAGGCCAGGACGCUUGUCAGGAUAGUUCUGGUGGCCCCUUGGUCUGCAACAUUGAAAAUGGAUCAAUUAUGCUUUACAGCACUGUCAGAUAGGCUGCUGGCUGUGCCUGCCCAAAGAAACUAGGGUUCUAUUCAAGGGUGAGGAUUUUCUUGGACUGGAUAGGGCUGCUGAUGAAAGAAUGUGCAUCAGAAGUGGAGUUAGAAGAGCCCUGGGGAUUUAUAUCUGCUCCUUCUUCAUCAUGUUAUGUGGGAAGCCCAAAGUGCUCUUGGAUACUCUGACUGUCUCUGAAGGGCAUGGCAAAGAUUAUAUUAUAUAAUCUGUCAAUAACAUCAUCACUGAACCGCCAAGAGGAGUUUCUUGGGAUUUAUGAAGAGAAUCAGAGAGGAAGAAAAUUGUGCUUGGAUUUGCUUCUGUCUGUGCUGUUCAGUACUGUGCAGCCUCCUGUGGUUCUCCCAGUUCCUAAACCUGUGAUGAAGAUUGUGCACUGCUCCAUGGGCCCUGUUUCCUUCAGCUUUGAAUGCUUGAUGCUCAGGGUUCAAGGACAAAAAACUGUCAGUGCUUCAAAAAUGCCCAAGCAGAUGAUCUCAGAGUUGUCACAAGGCACAGAUGUCACUCUUACCGAUUGGGAUGGAAUGAUUCAGUCACUGGGAUACCACAUGAGAUACACAAAUGCCACCAGCAGCUGCCACGGGAGAAUUGUAGCCCCAUUAAAAUCCAUUAUUCGCCUUGAAGUCCUGGACUUCCGGACUGAAAGAAACCUGUCUAAUUGUCAUGGCCAACUGGUGGUGUGUGAAGGAAUUGGACUAACGAAAGAGUUACUCAGCAACUGAAGUGGUGACACUUCCAUCCAUCCCAUAAAAUCUUGAGGUUCAGUAGCGACAGCGACCUUCCCUUCCAGGACUUCAGCAGCCAUGAAAGGCUUUCUCUCAACUUCCUCUACUCAGGAAACAUCAUCUGUGCUCAGACAGAACAGCUGGUGGGGAAGCAAAUACUUGUUGCCAGAUGUGAAUGAUGUCAACCCUCUGCUUGUGAAAGCCAUGUGCACACACUGUGGUCUUGGUGGGUUUCCUCUCAGAAGUGACCUGGCACUCCUGGAGCUGCAGAAACCCAUCGAUCCAGGCACCAUUUCUGGCACAAGCACUGUCUCACCGGAGCUCCUGCCCUACCAGGUGGAGGACAACAGCUCCCAGGUGUCUGUCCCAGCGGAAGUGUGA